AUGGGAAUUAUUGACGGACCUUGUCCGUUAGAACAACUUUUCAGUAAAAAUGACGAAUAUUCCACAGAGUCUUCGACACAACAGUCCAAAACAGAGAAAUUAGUAUAUGAUUUGUUUAAAACCGUAAAAGAGAAAAACUCACUAAAAACGAUAAGGCUUAACAGAAAUUCUCACAUUAAAUACGUUACGGAUGGUCUCAAAGGCUUACAUAGACAUUGGGUAGUAUUAGAUGCUAACAAACCUUGGUUAUGCUAUUGGAUGCUUCAUGUUCUCGAUUUGCUUGGCCAUGAUAUUACUCAAGAACUUAUAAGCAGAGGUGUAACAACCAUCUCUAAAUUACAGAAUGUUACUGGAGGAUUUGGUGGUGGUCCAGGCCAGAUAUCUCAUGCUGCUGUAACUUAUGCUGCGGUAAAUACUAUAGCAAUUUUAGGAACUAAAGAGGCAUACGAUUUAAUUGAUAGAGAAAAUCUUUAUAAAUGGUUUAUGAAAUUAAAACAACCUGAUGGUUCAUUUAUUAUGCAUGAAGGUGGUGAAGUUGAUAUCCGAUGCCAGGCUUUUGAUGGGGGAAUUGGUGGCGAACCAGGCCUUGAAGCGCAUGGCGGAUACGCGUUUUGUGGUCUUGCUGCGAUGGAAAUACUUGGUAAAACUGAUUUGUUAGACAUUCCAUCGCUUUUUCGUUGGGCUUCUUCUCUUCAAAUGAAGCUUGAAGGUGGUUUCCAAGGUCGACCAAAUAAAUUAGUAGAUGGUUGUUAUUCGUUUUGGGUUGGUGCUUUAUUUCCUGUUUUGGAAGCUAUCAUGACACGGCAACAGCUAAAAAAAAAUGAUGCAAAUUGUAAAGAGCUUGAUGAAUAUAUUGCUCAACCUUUAUUCGAUAGAGAAGCACUUCAAGAAUAUCUUUUGAUAGCUUGUCAAAAUCACAAGGGUGGGCUAAUUGAUAAGCCAAAACGGAGUCCGGAUUAUUAUCAUACUUGUUAUUGUUUAAGUGGUCUAUCGACCUCACAACAUCAUGUAAUUUAUGAUUUUGAAAAAGCUACAUCUUUAAAUAUAGAACAUGGUGAACUUAAUGCCGGAGAUAGAUCUUUGCUGUGGUUCGAAGAUGAAACAAAAAUUUUAGUUUUGGGUGACCCUAGUAACAUUGUGAAUGCUACGCAUCCUAUCCAUAAUGUAGCUAUGCCAAAAGUUAAAAAAAUGGUUGAAUAUUUUCGCGAAAAGCCUUUUAGUUCUUAA